AUGUCUUCGCCGAGCUCUACGGAUGCUCCUCUGGCUCCCGCUCCCAGUACUGCGGAGAUCCCUCUGCCUCCUGGGAUGACGCUCGGUCAAUACGAGACCCUUCAGGGUCAGCUGGUAACGGUCGCGAUCACCGUUGCUGUCGCGUUCGCGCUCAUCGGUUGGGACUACGUUGUCCUGAUCCGGGACGAACUAGCCCUGUACAGGUCUCACAGCAGACAAGUCUGGCUCACGCCGGCAACUUGGGCAUUUAUUAUCCUGCGAUACUCCGCCUUUGUUGCCACAUUUUCUGCGCUCUGGUUUACUUCGCUGCAAACGCAAUUCUGCGAAGUAGCGGUAAUCGCGAGUCAGGUGGGGGUGGUGCUCGUCGUAGCAUCGUCGGGAAUCAUUUUCUGCAACCGGGUGGUCGCCAUCUGGGGGAAUUCAAAGAUUAUCAUAGCACUGGUAACAGUCAUCUACCUCGGAAUGCUGGCUUGCUGGAUUCUGGUAGCGGCGCACUACAGCGCGAUCACCGGUCCACCGACGCCGUUCGGUUCCAACUGCCAGAUGCAGCCUAUUGUCUCGUGGGCUCCCAUCAGCUACGCCUCCUCGGUGGCGUUCGACGUUAUCGUCCUCAUUCUUACGAUGAUGAAGUUGAAGACCGGAAGCUUGGCAAACUCAGCGAUCAGCAAGCAAAUCUACGCCGAUAACCUGCUGUACUUCAUUGCGACGGCGGUGACCAACAUUACCGUGUUCACGAUCCAGGCCUUGCCCUCACGGUUCGACAUGAUCAAACCCACUGCCGUUCCUUUCUCGACUGUCGUUACUGUCACGAUGGCUCAGCGCGUGUACCUCAACCUCAAGUUGUUCCAUCACAGGCAACAACGUGUCCAGGCCGGCUUACCAUCUAACUCUUCCGUCCUCCCCGGUGAUAGCUUCAACCCGAAGCCACAAACUGCGUGGAUCGGCGCACCCAUCGCGGAGCGCGGCCGUCCUGACCCCUGGAACGACGAGACUGUCAAGCCCCGAUGGGAAAACGCGGGAGGCAGCCCCAGGUACAUUCCACGCUAAACGAUAUGGCAUAUUUAUUCGCCUUGCUCUGGACAAUCCGUCCAAGACCAACGAGAGCGACAGACGUCGCACGC